AUGGGAGAUGAAAAAUCGUUAAAUUCGUCACCUAUUUUGUUAGGAAGACCGUUUCUUAGCACUGCCAGGACUAAGAUAGAUGUGAAUGAGAGUACUUUAUCAAUGGAAUUUGAUGACGAAAGGGUGCAUUUUAACAUUUUUGAGGCGAUGAAGUAUCCAGAGGGGUCUAACUCAGUCUUUACCUUGAGUGUUAUUGAACCUCUUGUACAGGAAACUUUCGAGUUAGGUGGUGGAGACGCACUACAAGUGGCCCUAACAAAGUAUCUUGAGUUGGGAGUGACCCCUGACGUGGACAUAAGGGACGAGUUGCAUCAAGCGAUUGAAGCAUUACAUUCACUCCCAACCAUCCAACCCAGGUAUGAGCUCACUUCCCUUUUUGUGCCGGAAACUCACGCAAAAUUAUUGCCAUCGGUGGUGCAGGCGCCCGAAUUGGAACUCAAACCUCUCCUGAAGCAUUUGAAGUAUGUAUUCCUGGGAGAUAGAGAGACACUUCCUAUAAUUAUUUCUGCCCAUCUGUCUCCAAGUCAGGAGGAGAGACUGGUGCGACUCCUUAGAGAUCAUAAGAAGGCAAUCGGGUGGAGCAUAGCUGACAUCAAAGGGAUAAGCUCGUCCUUGUGCAUGCACCGGAUAAGACUCGAGGAUGAUGCAAAGCCGGUGAGGCAAGCACAGCGAAGACUGAACCCCUUAAUGAUGGAGGUUGUGAAGAAGGAGAUACUCAAACUCCUGGAGGUGGGGAUCAUCUUCGCUAUUUCGGACAGUCCCUGGGUGAGCCCGAUUCAGGUGGUCCCAAAGAAAGCGGGAGUAACCGUAGAGGAGAACCAAGAGAGUGAUAUGGUCCCGGUUAGGAAAGCUAGUGGUUGGCGUCAGUGCAUUGACUACCGGAGACUAAACUCUGUGACAAAAAAUGACCAUUUUCCUCUCCCCUUUAUUGACCAAAUGAUUGAGAGAUUGGCAGGUCGUGUUUACUAUUGUUUCUUGGAUGGUUUUUCAGAUUACUUUCAGAUCGCGAUAGCACCAGAGGAUCAGGAAAAGACUACGUUCACAUGCCCAUUUGGUACAUUCGCUUACCGUCGGAUGCCUUUCGGUCUCUGCAACGCUCCUGUAACUUUUCAAAGGUGUAUGGUAAGUAUUUUCUCCGAAUAUGUAGAGAAGAUUAUUGAGGUAUUCAUGGAUGAUUUUAGUGUAUACGGGAAUAGUUUUGAUGAAUACCUUGAUAAUCUAGCUCUAAUUUUAAAGAGAUGCAUAGAGACUAAUUUGGUUCUUAAUUGGAAAAAAUGUCACUUCAUGGUAGAACAUGGUAUUAUUUUAGGGCAUGUUGUGUCAGUUAAGGGAAUAGAGGUAGAUAAAGUUAAAGUAGAUCUUAUUUCUGCUCUACCUUACCCCGUAUAUGUACGGGAAGUACGUUCCUUUUUAGGCCAUGCAGGAUUUUACAGGAGGUUUAUCAAAAACUUUUCAAAGAUAAGAGCACCCCUGUUCAAGUUGCUGCAAAAGGACGUGACAUUUGAUUUUACACGAGAAUGCGAAGUGGCAUUUGAUAAAUUAAAGGAGUCGUUGACAUCACCGCCUAUCAUCCAACCCCCAGAUUGGAGCCUGUCGUUUAAAAUAAUGUGUGACGCUAGUGAUUAUGUCGUAGGUACCGUGUUGGGGCAGAGGAUAGGCAAGGCAGCGCACACGAUCUACUAUGCAUCGAGAGCAUUAAGUGAAACCCAACUCAACUACUCCACGACGGAGAAGAAAUUACUUGCCGUUGUUUUUGCACUGAAAAAAUUUAGGUCAUAUUUAUUGGGUACAAAAGUAAUUAUUUUCUCUGAUCAUGCAGUCUUGAGGUACCUGUUAGCAAAGAAGGAAGCCAAACCGAAGCUCAUAAGGUGGAUCUUGCUCCUGCAGGAGUUCGACUUAGAAAUCAAGGAUAAGAGCGGAGCCGAGAAUUUGAUGGCUGACCAUUUGAGUCGAUUGCUCACGAAUAGGGAAGACCUGCCGUUGAGAGAGUCGUUUCCUGAGGAGCAAUUGCUAGCCAUUGAUGCGUCUGUACCAUGGUAUGCCGAUAUUGUAAAUUUUUUGGUAACAAAUCAACUACCUGCAGGUUGGCCGAAGGCUAACAGAGAUAAGUUGAAGAGUGAUGCCAAACAUUAUAUUUGGGAUGACCCUUACCUGUGGAGGCAGUGCUCAGAUCAGGUGCUACGAAGAAUGCCAAAAGCCAUAGUGAGUGACAGGGGCACCCACUUUUGCAAUAAGACGAUCACAACAUUGUUUCGUAAAUAUGGUGUGCUCCACAAAGUAUCCACUUCCUACCAUCCCCAGAUGAAUGGUCAGGCCGAAGUAUCGAAUAGAGAGGUUAAGUCAAUCCUGGAGAAAAUGGUGCGGCCUGAUAGAAAGGACUGGAGUUUGAAGCUGGAAGAUGCUCUCUGGGCUUACCGCACCGCAUACAAAACGCUAAUUGGGAUGUCCCCAUACAGGUUAGUUUUUGGGUAG